UCAAAUCUUCAUAUUUUAAAGGCAAAUAUAUCCGUUCACUUUACGUAAUCAUCUGCCAGCUCGCAACAAGGGGACGCAACCAUCACUUUUCAUUUCCAGUUUCGCUUCUUAGGCAAACGCCGCUUUGAAAUAAUGGACGACAUUCUACUAAUCUGCUCCUCUACAAUUUGCUGUGCAGUUUUUAUGCUCCUGAUUCCGCUGUAUGUGCUUCACAAAAAAAUGAAAACAACAACGAGACGUGAGAAGUCCGAUCCAGCGUCGCUAAUGGUCGUAGUCGGUUCGGGUGGUCACACACGAGAGAUUCUGGUGCUGAUGAAAAGCCUGGGGAGUCAUUACACACCAAGACAUUAUGUUGUGGCAUCAACAGAUCCAAUAAGUUUGCAGAAAGUUUAUGCACACGAAAAAACUAUUCAUGGUGUUGACGAAAAGCAGUACAAAGUGCACACAGUUCCUCGAAGUCGUGAAGUGAGACAGUCAUGGAUCUCUACAACUUUUACAACAAUUCAUGCAUUCCUUCUCAGCCUGCCACUUGUCUUCAAAAUCAAACCAGAAGUAAUCCUUUGCAAUGGACCAGGCACAUGUAUACCCAUAUGUUUUGCAGGCCUCCUAAUGAAGUGGCUGUGGAUCCAAGACACAAAAAUUGUUUAUGUGGAAAGCAUAUGUCGUGUAGAGACUUUGUCAAUGUCUGCCAAACUGCUUUACAAUUUUGCUGAUUCAUUAUUAGUUCAAUGGCCAGAGUUGACACUGAAGUAUCCAAAGUGUCAAUACAUUGGUAGAUUAGUGUGACUCUUCUGCAUGUGUAAUUAGAUAAUUGCGUCUGAUAUAUAUGCUCUGCUAACUUUUCUGGAGAAAGAAGAAAUGUCCUAAGCAUACAUGCAGAUGUCCCUGAGCCCAGAGCAAUGUAUGAUAUGAAUGUGUACAUUCUAAUUGCACAUAGGAAGAAAUUGGAUAUAAGCAAUCAAAAAUGAGAGGAAAGGAAGAAGUGGUUAAGGGCAUAGUGUGAGAGAGUUAUUGAAAGAACAUGGUGUGACUGGUGGUCCUGCUUGCAGAAAAUUGCUCAUAUUAUGCACUCUUCAGAGAGUCUCUGGGAGGCAGAUGGUCUCAUAGCACAGUAGCUGCAUUCUGGAAUGUUUUAGCCCUCAAAUGCUUUUUGUUGGUAUUCCAUGUAGCAGGACUUUGAGGCUGAGCAAGGACAGGGAAAUGGUUCAUAUACAGGCCCAACCUUCAACAAGUACUCUGGCACAGUGCGACAGGAUCCUAUACACAGCCUGUGUAUAAAUAGUAAUUCUGAAUCUUCUUCCUUUAUGCCUCCAGUGGAGCAUAGGGCUGCAGCUUCACUACGCCAUUGGAUCUGGUUCUUGGCGUCCCUUCCCAGUUGGGUCCAUGCCAGCUGCCUCCGCCUCACUGUGAACCAAUCUCUUCUAUGUCUGUCUGGGUCUCCUAACCCUGCGGGUUCCAGCCCAGAGCUUGUCUUGUUAAAUUGUCAGCCAGUUUUCGCAGGGUGUGACUGAUCCAGCCUCACUUUCACAUCUUGAUGUCUUGGCUGGCAGGCUUUUGGCUGUUCUCUCCCACAGUUCUGUAUUGGAGAUCUUCUCAGGCCAUCUGAUGUUGAGAAUGUGGAGCAGACAUCUGUUGAUGAGUUUGAAUCUUGUUGGUGAUGGUGUUUGUCACACGCCAUGUCUUAGAUCCAUAUCAGACCAACUUUACAUUUGCGUUGAAGUUGCAGAUCUUGGUGUGUAGAGAAUAACAGCAACAUGGGUGUUCAGUGGACCUUCGCCAUGCAACUUGAGGAUCUUGACUUUGUAUUACGAAUGCUUUCAUUUGUUGUAGUUUCGCUGUAUCCUUACUAGCUGGAGGGGACUAGCUGUCCGUUCUUUUUCUUCUGUUUCUUGUAGUGCCUUUUGGUUUUCAUGUUUGGUUUCUGCUGACUGCUGUUAAUCUGUGAUUCGCCUACUACUGUUCUGGACUGUUUUCCUGAGUCUGUGCCGUGCUGUUGUCUUCUUCAAUGUCUAAUAGUCUCUAGUGCCAUAUCUACACCCUCUCAAAUCCGGGAUUUUCGUUUGCUGAUUUAAAUCACCACUACCCUGCAGGUGUUCUACUCUACGAAGGGUCCAUUUUCCUUGCAUCAUUUGAGCUAGCCUUUGAUGGUGGGAUAAAGUCUAGAAAUUCUCUUAUCAUUAUUAUUAUUAUCCAGUUUUGCACAUUAUCAUGUUUGUAUUUCCAGUUUACUGGCCUAUCAAAAUUUUUGUCUUUUUCGGUCUGCAGUGUAUCUUUUUAAUAACUUUUGCAAUAUUUGGUUUCCCAGGGAGAUUUUAAUUUUAACAUCUUAUAAGUAGGAUCACACAUUUUAGGUGGCUUGGCAACCCUGUUCCAUACUCAUUUUACUUUUCUAACAUUGCAGUCAAUUCAUACACUGCUUUUAUCAGACUUUUGUGUGCAUGCUUGUGUUUCAGUGACCACAGCUUAUUAUAUUUACCGUAGGCUGUAUGGUAACAUUUCAGAGAAAAAUCUUAUUAUUAAAUUAAGUCCACUAUAACCAAAAAAACCAUGUACUUCCAGC